AUGUCGGGGAAUAUAGGGAUGGAACAAUUGAUUCCAAUUGUAAAUAAACUCCAAGAUGCAUUUACGCAACUUGGAGUUCAUAUGCAAUUGGAUCUACCCCAAAUUGCUGUGGUGGGCGGACAGUCUGCUGGAAAGAGUUCAGUACUCGAAAAUUUUGUUGGCAGGUUAGUAGCUAUGAUAGCUAAAAUAAAGAAAAAUCAUUACGCUUAG